AUGGGAGAUUUUGAAUCUGAAAUGUUUGUAACAUCAGAAAUGAAACAAGACCUAAAGUGGUGGUCAGAUAAUAUUUAUACUCAAAAGAGGAAAUUUAAUAGAGGUAACCCACAUGUUAUAAUUCAAACAGACGCCUCAAAAUUAUGUUGGGGAGCAGUCUUGAAUGAACACAAAAUUGAUAGCAGAUGGAGCAAUGAUGAAAAUGAUAAUCAUAUUAAUUGUUUAGAAUUAUUAGCUGUUAAUUAUGCUCUGAAAUCCUUCAAGGAUGAUUUGAAUACUGUUGAAAAUGUCAAAAUUCUUACAGACAAUACAACUGCUGUAAGCUAUAUAAACAGUAUGGGUGGUAUAAAGUCUAUUGAAUGCAAUAGAAUUGCUAGAAAAAAAUGGAUUUGGUGCAUUGAAUACCAAAUAUGGCUGAUUGCUACUCAUAUACCGGGGAAGUUAAAUACAAAAGCAGAAUAUCAGUCAAGAAAUUUUAAUGAUCAGAUAGAAUGGCAACUGAAUAAAAACAAUUUUGAAAAAGUAUGUUUAUUAUGGAAUAAACCAGAAAUAGAUUUAUUUGCUUCACAUCUAAAUACUCAGUUACCAAAUUUUUCUUCAUGGAAAGCUGACCCAGACUCAUCUUUUGUUGAUGCUUUUACUCUUGAUUGGGGUAGUUUUUCUUACAGUUAUAUGUUUCCUCCUUUUAGCAUGAUAGAACGUUGUGUAAAGAAGAUUAUAGAAGACAAGGCAGACGUGCUGUUUGUGGGACCACUUUGGCCAACACAACCGUGGUUUGUUCAAGUAAUGAAACUGUUAAUAAACAAUCCAAAUCCAAAACAAAAACCUAUUGACUCUACCAUACAAGGACAUAGUUCAUCCUUUAGAAAAGACAUUGAAUUUGACGGUAUGUCGGCUAUCCGGAACCGAUUACAAAACAGAGGAAUUUCAGAGAAAACCUCAAAUAUUAUCAUGGCAACAUGGAGAUCAGGAACUCAGAAUCAAUAUAAAUCAUAUAUAGAGAAAUGGUUUAUUAUCUGUCUUGAACGGAAAGAGGAUAAAUUUCACACGUCUGUAGAACUUGUGCUAGAAUUUCUGACAAAUUUGUUUGAAUGUGGAUUGAGUUAUUCCGGUUUGAACAGUGCUAGGUCAGCACUAUCUGCGUUUGGUUUGACUUUCGAUAAUGUGCCUGUUGGAAAGCAUCCACUUGCGAUAAGAUUUCUCAAAGGAGUAUAUCAUUUGAGACCUUCUGUACAUAAUGAUGUAAAUAUUUGGGAUGUUUCUAUUGUUUUGAGAUUGUUAAGACUUUUAUCGCCAGUUGCUGAUAUAUCAGUGAAAGAUUUAACUUUUAAACUAGUUAUGUUAAUUGCAUUGACGAAUGCUACUAGAUCACAGAGUAUUCAUUUAUUAAAAAUCAGCAAUAUGCAAAAACAGAAGGACUGUUUUCGUUUAAAGAUAUUUAAUUUACUGACACAAAGCAGACCUGGAUAUAAGAAUCCAGAAGUUAUUUUAAAACGUUUUCCUCCAGACAGGAGAUUAUGUGUGUGUUUAGUGCUGAAGGAAUAUUUGAAACGUACUGUUGAUAUAAGAUCAGAAGAAGAUUCAUUAAUAUUAAGUUAUAUUAAACCACACAAAAAAGUUAUUUGCUUAACUAUUUCUAGAUGGAUUAAGUCCGUUAUGUGCCGUGCAGGACACAAGUAUAUUUAA